UAGCACUCUGAUAUCCAAGAGCAAGGUUCUGAUGGUUUCCAACUCGGCAUGGGCGGUUCCACUGGCGAAACCGGCGGCGUCGAUGCUGAACCUGGUGCUGCCACUGCAGAGGUCGGCCUGGGUCUCGGUGCUGGUGACGGCGUGCGUGAUCUGGCUGGUGGCUCGUUUCUGGGCCGGGCUGUCCGGCUCAAAAGCGUUCGUCGAUGCCGUGUCAACGAUGCUAGGCGCGUCGAGUGGCUCUUUGAAAACGGCGCCGCGUCUAGCCGUAAUCGGAAUCCGCAUCGGAUGCUUCAUCCUCGCAGCCUCGUACCAGUCGCAGCUCUCCAGCAUCCUCACCGUGCCCGUGUUCGAGCAGCAGAUCGAAACACCUACCCAGCUCAUCUCAAGUUCACACAAAUUGUACAAGCUGUGUUUUAACCAGCGCAUUCUGGUGGAGGAGCAGGACCAGCGGUUGCCGCCGAUUGAGCGACGGACGGAAACAGUUGGGCGGUCGAGCGUAAUGGGCGUCCUGCGGCAGGUGGCGGAGGGCGGAGCCGCCUUCCUGGGUCCCGACCUCGUGCUCGAGCGAAUGGUGCGAGCCGACCCGUAUCUCAAGCGCCACAUCUUUGUGAUGAAGCGCAUCGAGUCGUUCCUGCCGGUGGCCUUCCUAACGCGCAGGGGGGACCCCCUUUCGGGCCGCAUCGAUUCCCUAAUUGGCCACCUGAACGCCGCGGGUCUUCUGGUCAAGUGGGAGCGCGACGUUUUGCGAGGACCCAGCUCCGCCGACGGCAACAAAUGGCCUGCUGGCCACGUCAAGAUCAGGCUGAGCCACCUCACGGGAGCCUUUCUUCUCUGGAUAAUCGGAUUGCUGGCCGCCUUUUCGGCCUUCCUCUUUGAAGUGGCCUUUUGAUGCUCUACACUCUCUGAGGCACCUGAGACGACCAGCGCGUUUCGUCCAAGCACAAUCUCCU